AUGUCUCAACCCAUUCCUAAUAGAAACAAUAAGAACUUUAAAAUUGCUGGUGCUCCGACACCACACAACACUCCAGCUAGUGUAAUGUCUAGCUAUUUGCGUAGCGACAGACCGGCUACAGCUACAGCUUCUUCUUUUGGAAACACUUCCCUUCCUACUAAUAUUGACAACUCAGUCGUAGAGGAUUCGAAUGAAGAACAAACAAUUAAAAAUGCUUUAGCUAGUGAUCCGAUAUUAUUAGCUACCAUUCAAGAAAAAUUAGGUGGUCUAAUCGGCCAAGACAGUGGGUAUGUCGAACAAUUGCCUAAAAUGGUAAAGAAUCGCAUUUAUUCAUUAAAAAAGUUGCAAAGUGAUUUGAUGGACGCGGAAAAAAAAUUCCAACUGGAAUUAUUUGAUUUAGAAAAGAAAUAUUUAGAAGAAUACUAUAAGCCUAUUUUUAAAAGGAGAAUGGAAUUGAUUAGCGGAGAGGAUGAACCUACUACUAAUGAAAUAAUUAAAGGAAGAGAAAUAGAAAAAAAUUUAGAACCUGGUCAUGUAGAAGAAGAAGAAGAAGAAAAAAAAGAGGAAGAGGAAAAAGAGGGAGAUGAAAAAGAAGAUAUCAAGGAUACAGGUAUUCCUGCUUUUUGGUUGACUGCUUUUGAUAAUUUACCGAUGACAAGCCAAACAAUUACCGAUAGGGAUGCUGAGGUUUUAGAAUAUUUACAAGAUAUACAAUUGUCUUAUUUGGAUAAUCAACAACCCGGGUUCAAAUUAACUUUCAAAUUUAAGAAAGAAAACCCAUUUUUUAGCAACGAUAUUUUAAUCAAGACUUAUUAUUAUCAAAAAGAACUAGGCUAUUCUGGCGAUUUCAUUUAUGAUUACGCCGAAGGCUGUGUGAUCAAUUGGAUUAAUAAUGAAGCUAAUGCUACUGUUUCCGUCGAAAAGAAGAGACAGAGAAAUAAAACCACCAAGCAAAUUAGAACAAUCGAAAAGAUCACACCUGUGGAGUCUUUCUUUAAUUUCUUUGACCCACCUAAGAUCCCAGAAAAAAUCAAAAGUGAUGAACCAGGAAAAGAAGGAGAAACAGAAAAGGAGGAAGAAGAAGAAACAGAAGAAGAAGAGGAGUUACAAGAAUUAGAAAGCAGAUUAGCCUUAGAUUACGGUAUUGGUGAAGAAAUUAAGGACAAGUUAAUUCCAAGAGCUGUUGACUGGUUUACUGGUGUAGCUGCCGAAUUUGAUUUGGAAGAUGGUGAGGAUGAAGAUUAUGAGGAUGAGGAUGAAGAUGAAGAUGAAGAUGAAGAUGAAGACGAAUGUGAAGAUGAAGGUGAAGGUGAAGCUGAAGAUGAAGGUGAAGAUUCUGAAGAUAACGGGGAAGAAGAAGAAGCGGACGAUUUCAAGAAUGUUAAUAAGGAGCAACCUCCCGAAUGCAAGCAGUCGUAG